AACCCGCCCACUUGAGACGUUCUUAUGUGACUCUCGAGGGGACACGUGACGCGAUAGUUACUCGUGAGUUGCUGCAAAGAUGGUGGUGAAAGCUGUGUGUGUGUUGAAGGGAGCUGACAAAACAGCCGGGACCGUUCACUUUGAGCAAGAGAAUGAAUCGGCCCCUGUUAAAGUGACUGGGGAAAUCAGUGGCCUUGCUGAUGGUGAACAUGGUUUCCACGUCCAUGUAUAUGGGGAUAACACAAAUGGUUGCAUUAGCGCGGGGCCUCACUUCAAUCCUUUUGACAAGAAUCACGGCGGUCCUGCAGAUGAAGAAAGACAUGUUGGAGACCUGGGGAAUGUGACUGCUGAAGGGAAUGUUGCCAAGAUAAACAUCACAGACAGCGUCAUCAAACUCUCAGGACCUCUCUCAAUCAUUGGUCGAACCAUGGUGAUCCACGAGAAGCGUGACGAUCUAGGAAAAGGAGGAAACGAAGAAAGCCUGAAGACUGGAAAUGCUGGAGCUCGUCUAGCCUGUGGAGUUAUUGGCAUCGCCCAGUAAAUCUGCAAUGUCAAAGCACUGGAUAAGCUAUAUUCCCCAAGAGACCAACACGGCUACUUAAUGAAACGGUCCAGUUCGGUACUUUGUGGCGUUCUGUUAACCUGUUUUCUGCCCAGUUUCCUUUCUAAUUAAAUUGUUUGAGUAGGUUUAUGUCCACUGACUAGGACUCAAGACUUUGUAGCGCACAAACUUCCAGAUGUGUUAUUAAAAAACAUAAAUGCCUCAAAUGA